CAUUCAUCUUCACUCCUGUCUUGUGAUACCCUCCUCCGUUUCCGCCCCCCUUCAACUUACACACGCGACCACCUCAACUCAACCCAAUUCACCUCCAACCCUCAUCACAAACAGUCACAAUGGCGGCCAACAACAUGGCGAACCCCUCCGUGAACCCGGAUCACGAGGACGAGCUCUUCCAGAAGGAGGUUGAGGCUGUCAAGGCCUGGUGGUCCGACUCGCGAUGGCGACACACCAAGCGACCUUUUACCGCCGAGCAGAUCGUCUCCAAGCGAGGAUACCUGCCCAUCAACUACGCCAGCAACGCCCAGGCUAAGAAGUUGUGGAACAUUCUUGAGCAGCGCUUCGAGUCCCGAGAUGCUAGCUACACCUAUGGCUGCUUGGAGCCUACCAUGGUCACUCAGAUGGCCAAGUACCUCGAUACCGUCUACGUCUCUGGAUGGCAAUCAUCUUCUACCGCCUCUGCUUCUGACGAGCCCGGUCCCGAUCUGGCUGAUUACCCCUACACUACCGUCCCUAACAAGGUCGGCCACCUCUUCAUGGCUCAGCUCUUCCACGACCGCAAGCAGCGCCAGGAGCGCCUGAGCGUCCCCAAGGCUCAGCGUGCCAACCUCCUCAACAUUGACUACCUCCGCCCCAUCGUCGCCGAUGCUGACACCGGUCACGGUGGUCUCACUGCCGUCAUGAAGCUCACCAAGCUCUUCAUCGAGAAGGGUGCUGCCGGUAUCCACAUUGAGGAUCAGGCCCCCGGAACCAAGAAGUGCGGCCACAUGGCUGGCAAGGUCCUUGUCCCCAUCCAGGAGCACAUCAACCGCCUGGUUGCCAUUCGCGCGCAGGCUGACAUCAUGGGCUCUGAUCUCCUCGCUAUCGCCCGUACCGACGCCGAGGCCGCCACCCUCAUCACCACCACCAUCGACCCCCGCGACCAUGCCUUCAUCCUCGGCUCCACCAACCCCUCCCUCAAGCCCCUCAACGAUCUCAUGAUCGCCGCUGAGCAGGCUGGCAAGAACGGUGCCCAGCUUCAGCGCAUCGAGGACGAAUGGCUGGCCCAGGCCAAGCUCAGCCGCUUCGACGACGCCGUCGCUGCCGCCAUUGACGCCGGCUCCUACUCUAACAAGGCUGGCCUGAAGAGCGACUAUGCUGCCAAGGCCAAGGGCAAGAGCAACACUGAGGCUCGCGCCAUCGCCAGCCAGAUUCUCGGCCGAGACAUCUUCUUCGACUGGGACGCCCCCCGAACCCGUGAGGGUUACUACCGCCUCAAGGGUGGCUGUGACUGCGCCGUUAACCGCGCCAUCGCCUACGCCCCCUACUGCGACGCCAUCUGGAUGGAGUCCAAGCUGCCCGACUUUGCCCAGGCCAAGGAGUUCGCCGACGGUGUCCACGCCGUCUGGCCUGAGAAGAAGCUCGCCUACAACCUGUCUCCCUCUUUCAACUGGAAGACUGCCAUGCCCCGCCAGGAGCAGGAGACCUACAUCCGCCGCCUCGCUAAGCUCGGCUACUGCUGGCAGUUCAUCACCCUCGCCGGUCUUCACACUACUGCUCUCAUCAGCGACCAGUUCGCCAAGGCCUACAGCACUGUUGGCAUGCGCGCCUACGGCGAGCUCGUCCAGGAGCCCGAGAUGGACACCAAGGUCGACGUUGUCAAGCACCAGAAGUGGAGUGGUGCUACCUACGUCGAUGAGCUCCAGAAGAUGGUCACCGGUGGUAUCAGCUCUACCGCUGCCAUGGGUGCUGGUGUGACUGAGGACCAGUUCAAAUAAACUGGGAGAUGCCUAAUGAAACCAAUGAAAAGAAAAAGAGUACGACUUUCAACGAUGCAUCGGCGAGGAAGAGUACAGUACAGUAGACUAAAAAAAGGACCCAAGGGUUGUUGGUCCACAGACGGAAAGGGAAGCGGCGACAAUGUGCUUUUAGCCAUCAUGUUUUGGACGUUUGAUAUCAUACCGCGGAAAUGGUGUUUGUUUCUGUUUUCAUUAACGUCGCCUGCUUUUCUUAUUACCAUACAAGUUCAUAUACAAACUAGGACAUUUGGUCACUAGAAUUAAAAGAUUUUUUUCAUCUUCA